AUGAUUCAUCCGCCGCGUUUUCUAUUUCCGAUCGCUUCCCGCCUUUAUUUGGUGUUCUCGCCAAGAAAUGAGUACUGUAGCGGUGUGACGUCCACGUGGCAUUCGGCGACAUAUCCUAUCGAGUGCAACACCAAAAACAACAACAAUAAUAUUAAAAAGAACAACAAUGAAAAAAGAAAAGAUGAAAGAGAAGAUGAUAAGAUGGCGGGAUGUGUUGGCGAGGAGAAUGAGAAGAAGAAGAAUAAGAAGAAGCAACUCCUCGUCGGUUUUCCACCUCCACGGGAGCUUGAGCAGCUGUCGGCAAGCGGUGGCAUCAUUCACACCGGUGUCGCGAUGCCGACGAAACUCGACAUCGUCGGCAAUCUCACCGCAACCGCGAGUUUCGACGAUGAAGAGCCCGGCGACGUCACCGUGUGCUUCGUUCUACCGUCGCCGUCGAGCUUUACCAAAUUGACGAUUCUCGACAGUGACGUCGACGAAUCGGGCGUAAACGUGCCAGAAGCUUGCUCACAACAUGUGCAACGUCAACGAAUUGUCGCAAAAGUGCCUUAA